AUGAUUGGUGUAGUCAGACACUUAAAAUGUUCUAGGCUGUUAGUAGGCAGCACCAUAGAGUUAGAAGCUGAAUUUGAUGAAGAUUGUCUUGAAGACUACAUUUGGUACAAGAGUAAUAAACCGUUUAUGCCGCAUGAUCGAACCAUAAUUUUAAAUGAUAAGAGAUCGACUACAUUGUCUAUAUUGCACGCAAUGGAAACGGAUAGUGGAAUAUAUCACGUAGUAUCAAAAUCUGAAUAUGGUAUAGCUUCCACUUAUGCAAGCGUUACAGUCAUAAAUACCGACUUCAACGUUUUGAGUAGUAGUGAAGUUGUGCCAACUGUAGACGACCUACCGGAUGAAAUUGAAGUUAGUAAGGGAGAAGAGGUGAGAAUUGUUUGCAAAGCGACUUGUGAUAUAAAUACUCUAGUGUUUUGGUCAAAGGACGGAUCAGAUCUUGAGAAUAAUGAUAAAGUGACUUCCGAAUACAUUAAUAAUAGCUGUAUAUGUCUUAGAAUAAAAAGUGCAAAUUCAGAUGACAGUGGCGAAUAUACUGUUACUGUGCAAGAUGAUAUUACAGGACAUUUGGAAACAUCGUCUUGCUUCUUAAACGUUAUCAUGCGGCCUAACAGUAUACUAAGACCUAUAAAAUUAAAAUCAUCACUCAUUCCAACUAUGGCCUGCUUUGGAUCGAGUAUAAGUUUCACGUGCAGUUUUGAUAUAGAGGAUCCAAGGUUUCAUUUUUCGGUAUGGUACAUCGGUAAUUACAGGGUUGAACGUUCCAAUCACCGGUUCCAUGUGAUGGUAAAGGGAGGAAAUUUUAUUUUUGUUGUUAAACAAGUUGAACCAGGAAUGGAAGGUGAAGUGACUUGUGAAGUACGUAGAGUCUUACCUAACGGAAAAUCAUUUUUUAUCGAUAAGACAACCACAACACUAGUAAUAGUCCCACAAGCAGUCAUUGAGGAAGAAAUUCAAAAUGUCUGUAUCAAAAGAAGCGUCUACUACUAUGUCAGUUCCAAGAUAGCCAUCGUGUUAGUGAAUUCUUUUAAAGGAAUAAAAAAUGGCAGUGGAAUUAUGCAAGACAACUUUUCAGACGACGAAAUUACACAUGGAUCUCAUGACACAAAUGGCAGUUUCAUGAUUACCUAUUGCAGUUUAGAUGAUGAAAGCUUUUAUUUAGAUGUCCGUAAUAAUGACAGAGAAAUAGCCGUUGAGAAAUUAUAUAUAUACAAAAGGUGUUUACAAAGUGAUGAAGCUAACUCAAAGAUAUCUUCUAAAAGUGUUAUAGUGAUAGAAUGGGACGUGGCAGAGUUUCAAAAAACGAACGAAAAGUGGUACAUGAUAGAAGUCGGUAAAAGCAAUGAUAAUUUUGUGCAAGCUGGAGUAUCAAGUAAGCCGAUGUUUGAAUUAGAAGAUCCAGUUCAAGAGCAAAUUAUGACAUUUCGGGUGUCCGCUGUGUCUGCUCCAAGCACGACAGACGAAUCGACAGUUCGAAUAGUGCCAGCGCCAAAAAAUGCGCUAUCAACAAGCAAGAUUUGCGAGCUUCAAACAAUGGAAGAUUUCGAAAAGGCAUAUACUAAAACCGGUUCAUUGAUUGGCUGCGGUGCGUUUGGUAGCGUCGUUCUUGUUAUAGGUACAGACGGAGAAUAUUAUGCCGCAAAGGUGUUGAAAACAAGAACUCAGAAAAAGAGGGAACUUGGAAUAAGAGAAUAUGAAAUGAUGAAGCAGUUAAGGCAUCCCAAACUGAUUCACCUUUUCGGCGCUUACAUUUCCAAAGAUUCCUUUGUACUUGUAAUGGACUAUUUAUGGGGUAAUGAGUUAUUUGACCGGAUCGUGGAUGAAGAACAUAUAAAAGAAGUGGACGUUGUUCCAUACGUGCGUCAAAUUUGUGAAGCUCUGCUUUAUUUGCAUGAACUAAAAAUAGCGCAUUUGGAUUUGAAACCAGAAAAUAUAAUUUGCUUAAGUCCUAACUCUCUACAAGUUAAAAUCAUAGAUUUUGGCUUAGCUAGAUAUUUGGACGAAAGUCAACAAACCAGAGCUAUAUAUGGCACUAGAGACUAUGUAGCUCCAGAAGUAUUAAAUUUCGAUCGACUGACCUUAGCAUGUGACAUGUGGAGUUUGGGUGUGGUUACAUACAUGCUAUUGUCGGGUGUUAUGCCUUUUGUGGGUGAAAAUUGGGCACAGCGGUCGGCAAACAUCACCAGGGCUAAAUAUAAUUACCAUGAGUCAGCAUUUAAGGAAAUAUCAGAUUUGGCAAAAGAUUUUGUUGAUCAUCUACUUCUUUUAAAACCGGAAUAUCGAAUGACUGCAUCCCAAGCAUUAAAUCAUAGAUGGGUAAAGGAAGGUCCACCUUGUGGUGCUAAAGCGGGUCAUAUGAAACGAACUAGAGAAAAUCUGAAGUCCUACCUAGCAAACUAUAGAGCUAGGUGGCAGAGGGCUGGAAACGUCUUGAUUGCGGCCCAUCGUCUACGCACGCAUCGCUCUACGAACGAACCAGGGGCGCCUACGGUCACUUAA